AAACGCUAUUAUUUUCAUUUUAUUAAUCUUGCAUAAUUAAUAGACUCAUAGAAUAAUAGAUCAUUUAUUAUUACACAUCUGAAUCAAUAAAUAAUUUUCUAUGAAGUAAAUUUUAUUUAAUAUGAUAAUAAUAUUAAUUUGAAGAUGAUUAGUAUUAUAAGAGCAGUUAAUUAGAAUAUUUAGUAUAAUAAUCAUAAUUAAUUCGAAAUACUUAAUCAUCAUUAUCAAUAUAAUUAAAGUUAAUGAUAUUUUCAAUUUUCAAAUUUCGCUUUGGCACAAUACAAACAAAUUUCCCAAAGCUUUCAUUCAAAGUGUUAGAUUUUCAGACAAUGAAGGAAAGAAAUCCAACCCUUAUUUCUGACUCUGAUAUUCAAACAUUAUGUAAGAUGCAUUCAUUGAAUUCAACAUGGAAGAUAACUCCUCAAAAAUUAUAUAGGGAAAUCAAAUUUAACAAUUUUAAGGAAGCCUUUUCCUUUAUGAAUUAAGUAGCUAUUUUUUCAGAGCAAAUAGAUCAUCAUCCUGAUUGGGAAAAUGUAUAUAACUUAGUUAAGAUUAAUCUGAAUACUCAUGAUGUUGGAGGCAUUUCAAUUAAAGACAUCUUCUUGGCUUACGCAAUAGAUACAAUAGCAAUGAAUGUAAGAGUGAAAUCCGCAGAAUCAACCAACGACACUCGUAUUUUGGAGGUAGCCAAAAUUGCAGAAUCUUGGAAUUUAAAUUUUGAUCAAUUCCAUAGAAUGAUUGAAACAGAUUCUAGAUAAAUAUGA